CUUUAUUGACUAUUUAAGGCAAACUAGUAAGAGUCUUGAAUAUAUUCUCUCAGACACAAGAAGUGAGAGUUGAAGAUCGACUGAGACAAUGGAGACACAAAGGAUCCUCAUGAGGAGUUUGGCUGUUGUGUUCAUUGCAUCUGUGAUCUGGACUAUAACAGUCUCAGCACAACCACCACAGAAGGUGAGAAGCCCAUGCUGUACUGCCGUCUCCACAGUAGAGUUUACUGAUCCAAUCAUCAGUUUCAGGAAGCAAGAAAAAAGUCUUUCAUGUGUGAUGGCCCUCAUCUUUAAGACUGAACGAGGAGAGUUCUGCUAUGAUCCUAGACAACCAUGGGUGCAGGAGAAAGUUAAACAGUUUAUAGCUCAAAAAAACAAAACCAGACCUCCACGCCACCACUAGCAUCUUCUAUCAGUGAGCACACUCAUGUGACAGGAUCUACCCAAUCAACUGAGAGCUCAUGAAUCAUGAACAUCUGAAAGUAAACUCAUAAUGAGAACACAUCUUGAAGUAGUUACAUGUAUGUAAAGUUUAAUAGAAUUCACUGUUGUAUUUUAAAAAUACUUCAAGCGAUUUAUUCAGUUUAAUCAGAAACUUAAUUAUAGUGAAACUGUUUUAGGAUAAAUGUAUUUAAAUAAAAUAUUAGCAUAUAUUAUAUUUCACAUUGAAAUAUAUUUCACUUGUAAUGGACUUGUGUCAUUAACUCCUGUGUGAAGAAGGGUGACGCAAGUCUGAGUGAAUUUCAAACUGAUUUGUAUGACAACAAACCUGGAAUUUUUUGUUGAUUAUGCAAAUGAACGAGUGCAAUCUGAAACAAAUAAACAAUGAUCAACAA